GUUGUAACCCUUCGGGAUAUAAUGGAUAACUUGAAUCCUACACCAGAUUGGAAAGCUCAUGGAAAUGCAUUGACAAGAUGGCUGAGCAAAGGCAGCGUGCUUUAUCUACAUCAGGGGAGGCACUGUAUGAAAUCUUGGGUCUAUCGAAAGGAGCAGCCCAUGAUGAAAUCAAAAAAUGCUACAGGAAGCUGGCUCUGAAAUAUCAUCCUGACAAGAAUCCUGAUAACCCAGAAGCAGCAGAAAAGUUUAAAGAAAUCAAUAACGCUCAUGCAAUCCUAACUGAUGUUUCCAAAAGAAAUAUAUAUGACCAGUAUGGAUCAUUAGGACUGUACAUAGCAGAACAAUUUGGUGAAGAAAACGUCAAUACAUAUUUCAUGCUUUCUAGCUGGUGGGCAAAGGGCCUGUUUGCUCUUUGUGGUCUUUUGACUGGCUGCUACUUUUGCUGCUGCCUGUGCUGCUGUUUCAAUUGCUGUUGUGGCAAGUGUAAGCCCAAGCCUUCAGAGGAAGAACAAGAGUUUUGCAUGUCUCCUGAGGACCUGGAACAACAAAUUAAGACGGACAUGGAAAGAGAUGAGGAAACUCCUAUUCUACUUCAGCAAGUGACAAAUGCAAGUGAGAAAACUCAACUUAUUGGAGACAGUCAUCGCAGCUAUCAUACAGAUUCAUAAAUAAGGAGCCAUUGAAGUCUAGUUGAGUGAUACUGAAAAAAUUCUUAAUAGUAUACUUGGUUAAAGCAUUUUCACAUGUGACUCUAGGGCUCCAAUCCCUUCCCAUAAACUUACUUCAGUUCCAUUGAACUCAGUGAAAGCUUCUUCUGAGUAUGUAAACAUGUAUAGGAUGAUCCUCUAAAACCAUCAACCUCUCAAGCACUGUUUGCUCGCCCAUGUGUUGUGGAAAUUGUGCAAGAAUAUUGAGGAGUUAGGUGGUGUAUUGCAAGUUCUGCCAUCUUUCCCUGUUCAUGCCAGGACCUGAAUAGGAUUUCUUUCUUGAAUAUGCCUUGCUAAGCUAUACUGUUCUCUGCUGACGUAAGCUCUGGCCUUGCUGGUGGUUUGAGUACAAGGGUACAAGGAUUCCCAAAGAGGUCAAGCAAACUGGCCCCAAGGAAAGGCAGGCAAUAAUUUCUUGAACUGUCACCAGCUGGCCUGGGACACAGCAUGUUUUGGUCUUGAACCUUCCCUUUGUGACAAUCAGUCAACUUCUCUUUAAUCAUCCCUGUUUUGAGGAAGAUUAAUGUACUGGGGCGGGCAAAUGUAAGUUUAACCUAUUUAAGUCUUAGUACAUUCCCUCUCAAAUUGGACUUCAGCCCAGAUGGACCGGUAAUGUGCUGGGCACAAAUUGGCCAUAGAAGUCUGCCUGUUGUCUUUUGGGGUCCCAGACAACUGAAGUUAGCAGUGUAAAUCAUCAGGUGGUAUAUGUAUCCUUCCUCUGUUCUGCUAUGUUAUUGUGCUGAUGUUUUCUCUGUUAUUUCUUUGUAUGUAUGCUCUGUCUUGAUUAUGCAUUUAUGUCUCUCUUGUAUUUACUUGCUUUGUUUAAUAAAUUGC